AUGGGUCCCCAAGAAUGUCUUCGUCUUCUCCGUCUGAGUUUCAAAACACAGAGUGAUCAGAAUAAUAACGCUUCAAUGAACAACGAAACUUGUCGAAACGUUUCCUUCUUUCCUCCUAAGUCCGAAAUGUUCCAACCCAGAUCCGAAUCACCGCUGAGUUUGUUCAAUGAAUUGCCUGUUUUUGGGUCUUCUUUUCUCUGUUUCUCUCCGGUCUCAGCUCCUAAACUGAUCGACCCACCUAGGUUCAGACCCGUUUCAAACGACGUUUCGUUCGAUUUAUCAGCUUUUGAGUUUAAAGAACCCGAAACCCAUCCGGUUCUUGAAGGGAUCGGAGCCAUUGUUGGACAACACGUCCUGUUCGGAGGCGGUGAUAACAGUAAAAAUGAGGCUUCUGAUAAGUCGGGUUUGGUACCCGACUCCAAUCGUUCCGGGUCAGAAACGUCGGAGACGGUGGUGGUGGGUGGUGUUAAUGGCGGCGUUUCGGUGCAGAAGAGCUACAGAGGAGUGAGAAAGAGGCCGUGGGGGAGGUGGUCGGCGGAGAUACGGGACCGUAUCGGGCGGUGCCGCCACUGGCUGGGGACGUUCGACACCGCGGAGGAGGCGGCGAGAGCCUACGACGCGGCGGCGAGGCGGCUGAGGGGUUCGAAGGCUCGCACCAACUUUGACAUUCCGUCGGUGGUGCCGGUGACGGUGUCGUCUCCAACAACGUCGUCCUCAGGGUCGUCUUCGUCGGAGAUGGUGAAUAAGAAUAAGAAGAAGAAGACGGAUCAUCAGCAUAAGGCGUCCAUGGCGCAUAAUAGCAAGAAGUGCGCAGUGGUGACUUGUGUUGCUCAUCUGUUCAGUUCUGGUGCUAGUAUGAAUGAAGCUAGAAGGAAUGUUGGUUUGGAGGUUGUUGGUGGUGGUAAUAUUGGUGGUUUUAGUGAGAGAGCUAAGGAAUCAAUGGUGGUUGCAUCAACUAUAUGA